AUGACAAUUCAUAAAAUCAUAAUACUCCGUCAUGGAGAAUCAGAAUGGAAUCAUGCAAAUAAAUUUUGCGGAUGGAUUGAUGUAUCAUUACUGGAAAAAGGGAAACAGGAAGCCGAACGUGCAGGAGAGCUUAUAUUACAAAGUGGAUUAAAACCAAUUGCAAUGUAUACUUCCAAGCUUACAAGAUCCAAUCAAACGGGGAAUAUUAUCCUUGAGAAAAUUCAUCGGCUCUGGUGUGAUUCAACAAAGUCCUGGAGACUUAAUGAAAGACAUUAUGGGGCAUUCCAAGGGAGAGAUAAAACUGAAGUUUUCAAAGAAUUGGGGAAGGAGAAAUAUGAUUAUAUCCGUAGAGAUUAUGAUGGUAAACCACCCCCUGUUUUAGGAACAGAUCCAUGCAUAGAUGAUAGAUACGAUUCUGGUAUAGACUUACCAAAGGCAGAAUCUUUGAGAUUAGUCUCUGAAAGAUUCUUACCAUACUUUGAAGAAGAAAUAUUAAAGAAGAAUUGGGCCCAAUGUCAUGAUGAUAAAGCUAUCCUUAUCGUAACACAUGGGUCAAUUGUUCGUUCAUUGAUAAAGAAAUUGACCAAUGUAAGUGAUGCCGAUAUCUCUAAAAUCAAUAUUCCUACUGGAAUCCCCAUAGUAUUUGAGCUUGAUGAUAACCAUGAGGUUAUUAGAGACUAUUACUAUUUGGAUCCAGAAGCAGCAAAACAGGGGAUAUCCAAAGUAAGUAAGGAGGGUCAAACGUAA